AUGAAGCCGGGGAACUCGCGUGACGCUCCGGGGGCUGCGGGCUGCGCUGAGCCGCCCGGUGUGCGGGAGGAGACCCCGGGGGAGGAGGCGCGGGACCGCGAGGGGAGCACCGCGGGGAUGAAGAGGAGCGCAGCGCAGUGGAGCAGUGAUGGAGAGGCUGAGAAGCAACCCGCGCAGGAGGAAGACACCGGCAAGUACGAGGAGGAGCUGGACCCCAGAAUCCAGGAGGAGCUGGAGCACCUGAACCAGGCUAGCGACGAGAUCAACAAGCUGGAGCUGCAGCUGGAUGAAGCCAGGUCCAGCUACAGGAGGAUUCUCACAGAGUCAGCCAGGAAGCUCAACGCUCAGGGCUCCCAGCUCGGCGCCUGCAUCGACAAAGCGAGGCCUUACUACGAAGCUCGCAGACUUGCCAAAGAGGCCCAGCAGGAGACUCAGAAGGCCGCCCUGAGAUAUGAGAGGGCCGUGUCCAUGCACACUGCUGCCAGGGAGAUGGUGUAUGUGGCCGAGCAGGGCCUCCUGGCUGACAGGAACACCAUGGACCCGACGUGGCAGGAGAUGCUGAACCACGCCACCGCCAAGGUGAACGAGGCUGAGGAGGAGCGCCUUCGCAGUGAGCGAGAGCAUCAGCGGGUCACUCAGCUCUGCCAGGACGCCGAGGCCCGAGUCCAGACCCUCCAGAAAGCCCUGAAGAAGGUCAUCCUCAAGUCCAAACCUUACUUUGAGCUCAAGGCUCAGUUUAAUCACAUUCUGGAGGAACAUAAGGCUAAAGUAGUGCAGCUGGAGGAGCAGGUGGCAAAGGUGAAGACACGGUACUCUGUGGCCCUGCGAAACCUGGAGCAGAUCAGCGAGCAGAUCCAUGCCCAGAGGGGGCAGACCAGGGCCAGCAGGGGGCGUCCUGCAGUCUGCGGGGGGCGGAGCUCCCCUGUGGGUGCAGAGGCUGAGGUCAGAGCUGCCAUCGGGAUUCAAGUCAGCAGCUGUGUGGCAGUCGGUGGAAUACAGAGCGACUGGGUCGACAGCGAGAAGACCAGGCUGUGGGUGGAGAAGCACCGAGAGAGCGGCUGGGGCCAGAAGGAGCGGCUGGAGGCGGAGCAGGCUGGCUCGGACAGCAUGUCCGUCAUCAGCCUGCAGACCAUCGCCUCCGACCUGGAAAAGUGUGACUCGGUGGAGCACCUGGGGGACCUGAGCGAUGCUGGGAGCGUCCUCGGUGAGGAGUGGGACUGCGACAGGAAGCCUCAUGAGAAGCCAGUCAGCAGGGAGGUGGUGUCCAGCAGGCCCCAGCAGGAGGCGCCCCCCCAGGAGAAGGCAGAGGUCAGUAAAGUCAAGCAGGAGGGUUUCGUCAAGCAGCACCACAGAAGUGUUAGCCUGUGA